UGGGUGUGUAGUGAAUUAAUAGUCUAUUGUGUUACGCGCAGCACUAGCUUCGUACAAUUGUUAAUUUCUUGCAUACAUUGAAUAUAUGACUGAGUGACUGUUACUUGAAAUAUGAAUUUUUGUUACUGUGAAUUUUCAUUCCACUAGUCCACCCUCUCGAAAUUAUUUUCGAUACAGGGGUGACUCGAAUUACAGAGCAUAGUUGGUCACCCCAUAGUCUGUCAAAAUGUAGACGACGUUUAAAUUAAUAUAAACAAAAACAAACUAGUGGUGCACAGAAAUUAGCUGGAAGCUUUGGUAUGCAGCGUGAAUACUUACAAAACUGCAAAUUAUAGUUGAAAUUCGGGUCACAUGGCUAUCGUGCUUGAUGAACUUCGUUUUGCAAUGUAUUGGUUGUAUUACAAUAUUAAUUAGUAGUAGCAAAGCAUAUACUGCUAGACACAUGUGUGAAAAAUGAAAUUACUCGCAAGCUCGACGGACUGGUACUAAAUGGCAGUGCUCGCUUAUCUGCUACUCAGUGUUGGUGAUGACCUAGUCGAGAUCGUAAACGUAAUAAUACGUUCCGGUGGUUCGUUUGCGGAAUGUAGAGACUAUCUGCAGUGUAGAAGACAAGAGCAAUUAUUUCGCUAUUAUAUUGAAAGAUAUACCAAGGAUCAGAGUAACGUUGCUGGCGUAAUGUCGACUGAAUCACUGGACAGUUGUGAUUAUGCGUAUCAGGAUUCGCCACAAUCACCUGGUUCAAUUAGCUUGGACAAAAGUUCUUCGACAGAAAUUGUAUAUACCUUGGAAAAUAUAACGGAAGUCUCCGCCGGCUUAAGUUUUGUGAUAAGUGGAAAUAUUCUGCUGACUUGUGAAAGAUUUUCGAUAAAUUUAAUGCUUAAAAACUCUGAUCUAGCGUUGCACUUCAAUCCAAGGCUUCCACAGAACUACAUUGUACGUAAUUGUCGCGUGAAAGGCGUCUGGGGUAAAGAAGAAGUUGCCUCUCCUUUGUCCUUCAAUCUGCAUAGAGGACAAAAAUUCAAAAUUCAAAUCCUUGUGACGGACAAGGAGUUUCUGAUAUGCGUAAAUGGUCGUCAUUUCAAUUCGUUCCAGCAUCGAUUGCCUUAUAAGAAGAUAUGCGCGUUGGAAGUAAAAGGUGAUGUCAAGGAUGUUGCAGUCGAACAAAUAUAUAUCGAAAACUAUCCAGAUAUUGUGCUGGAUGAAAUUGAACAAAUUCCAAAAGAAGUGUUCACAUUAGGAGAAAUCUUAGAUUCGAGUUACAAAAUAAUGCCUUACACUGGGCGUCUAACACAGCCUUUUACCAACGGUAAGAAUUUGCACAUUCGGGGACGAAUCAAGUUACUGCCGCACUCUUUCUAUGUCAAUUUACAAAGUAAUCACUUCUGUUGGCCUCACCCAAACGUUCUGUUCCAUUUGAAUCCUCGGUUUGGCAGUGUUGGAGGUAAGCAUGUGAUUUGCCGAAAUUCUUGGAUUAACGGAAAAUGGGAUCGUGAAGAACGUUCGGAGAAUUUGACUGAUUUCAUGCCGGGUAAACUGUUUCAUAUUAAAAUUGCAUGCAGCGACAUUAGCUAUCAGGUUUAUUUGAAUGAAAAGUUGAUUGCAGAAUUCAAAUUCAGAGAAGACCCACGACUGGUUGAGACAAUAUAUAUACAAGGUGAUGUAAAAGUUUUCGAUGUAGUUUUAGAGUCAAAGCCUAUUGAGCAAUGAACCCCCAGUUAUUGUUUUAAAGAACAAAUUAGUUAAGCUUCAGAACCACAUACCACAGGUGAUUAGUGUGCUCAUGUAUUAAGCUCAUGUAGCUAUUGCUAUAAAUUUAGCUCUCCAGUCAAUCAUUCGAUAAGGAAUAUUUUCCAGUUAUUUAACAAAUAUUUUUGUUUGUGUUUUGAAUCGCAUUAGUUUGAAGGAUUAGUUAAAGGAAGCCAAAUUUCGAACUGACUAAAUUAGGCGAAACACUUCGUAUCGUGUGUAGAAAGCAAAUAACACAAAAGAAAUAUAAAUUCUAUUGCUUAAGAGUGAUAAUAUAUGAAUGAAAUACAUAAA